ACUGGCAUCUUCUAUUAAAUUUUUCAAGUGAGUGAAUUUGGACAGCUUAAAGUACGACGUACCUAAUUUUCUUUUUCUAUUUUCCUGAUUAUUUGGUACAGAAAUGGGUUUGGCAAUAUCAAGGUUUGCAAAAAUGCUCUUUGCGAAGAAAGAAAUGAGGAUUCUGAUGGUUGGUCUUGAUGCCGCUGGCAAAACUACUAUUCUGUACAAGUUAAAGCUUGGAGAGAUUGUUACUACCAUCCCCACUAUAGGCUUCAAUGUAGAGACAGUGGAAUACAAAAACGCGAGUUUCACAGUAUGGGAUGUAGGAGGGCAGGAUAAGAUUCGACCUUUAUGGAGGCACUACUUUCAGAACACUCAGGGCCUUAUUUUCGUAGUUGAUAGUAAUGACAAAGAAAGAAUUUCAGAAGCAAGAGAUGAGCUCCAUCGAAUGCUUAAUGAGGAGGAACUACGUGAUGCCAUCCUUCUUGUCUUUGCCAAUAAGCAAGAUCUCCCAAAUGCCAUGAGAGUUUCUGAAAUCACAGAUAAACUUGGCCUCCACUCACUCCGUCAGCGCCGCUGGUAUAUCCAGAGUGCCUGCGCAACUUCGGGUCAGGGACUCUACGAGGGCCUAGAUUGGUUGUCUAGCAAUAUCUCAAGCAAGGCAUAACUGCAGAAGCUGUCAACUUGGCGCCUCCAGAACUUAUUUCCUUACGUCUAGACAGGUAAUGAAUCACAAAUUCCUGCUAAAGAAAUUUAGGAUGCAGAACGGGCAUGAGCAAGUGAAAGCAUGUAAAAUUUAGAUAUUAAGCCCUGUCAUUUUGCAUCGAGUAAGUGUAAUGCAGAAGGUCUGAUACUGUGUGCGAAAUGGCAUCUUCUUCUGUUCCUAUUUUUCUUUUUGCCUUUUUUGCUGUGAUGGUAAUGAAUCACUUCUUAGCCCCU